AUGGGUGCCAAUGAUAGUCCAGCAGCAACUCAAUCCAUUGUUACUGAUUAUUUCGAUUGGCGUUUAAACAAUCGAACAAUAACGAACAAUCGUCUGUUUUCCAUCGUCCGGAUGAUAGCCGCUGAGUGCGAAACAACCUACGUAUCUGAACAGCCCGCAUUCAAUAUACAAUUCUCUGCACCCAACGAUCCUACACGGACAUUGAACAAUAUUAAAUCUUUUCAUAAUGAAAUUGCAAGAGAAUUUUUUGCUGACGGACGUAUAUCUUGGUCGCGCAUUAUAACUUUUAUUAGUUUUUCUGCAAUGCUUGCUGAGCGUAUCAUUCAGCAACAUCAGCAAGCGAAUUUACCACGGGAAUUGAUUAUUUCAUCCAUAGCCGAAUGGACAUCAGAUUUUAUUAAUACAACUUUUCAAACGUGGCUACAAAGUCAAGAUUAUUGGGUUGGUUGUUUGAAACUUUACGAUAAAACCCCACAACGACGAAAUUCAAUUGGUCGCUAUGCGGGUAUUCUUGGCACGCUAGGUUCGUAUUUGACUUUUCUUUAA